UGUUUUAGACCUUUCGAGAGCCUGUAUCAGACUAUCAGGUGGUGAGAGAAAAGGCAGCGUCUCAGAGAAGAGAUGUUGAACGAGCUCUCACACGCUUCAUGGCCAAGACCGGAGAGACGCAGAGCCUAUUUAAGGAUGACAUCAGUGCUUUCCCUUUGAUCGCUGCAAAACCAAGCCCCAUCCCAUAUCUGAGUGCCCUGCUGCCCUCUGAACUGGAGCUACAGUCACUGGAGGAAACGGAUUCGUCUGAGCAGGAUGACCAGAUGGACAAUGAUAACAACACCAGUCACAUCAUGCAGGACGACUCCGGUGCAGAUAAGGAGAAUGAAGUGCUGCCACCUGGUGGUGUUGUGCCUUCAGGCAAGGCCAAUGAGGAAAACAUGAUUGACAACCCAUAUCUACGACCAGUCAAAAAGCCCAAAGUGAGAAGGAAAAAAUGAAUUUUGCUCUACUGACUUGGCCACAUCUACAUCAGUUGUUUCUGAAUAAGACUUCUCAGCACUUGCUUUUCACAUUGUGCUCCUUGAAGUUAGUACCAUAUGACAAACUAGAGUCUUCAACGACUGCAAUUCAAAAACACGCAGCGAUCUAUCAGGUUACUGACAUCUGAUUCUUAUUUAAUGAAAAACUGUUCUGUACACGUCAAUAAUAUUAGAUGGAUUUCACAUCACUUACGGUUGAUGUUUUUUUUUUUUUUUUUGAUAAGAAUUCCCUUGAAAUACCUUGAAGUUUUCAACCCAUCUGAAAUGUGACGUUUCUUUGGAUUUGUGUUUGUUAUUCAUUUGUGAAUGGGGUAAUAAAUGUCUUUCAUUGUUUAUUUUUAGCCAUUGUUUCAAAAGGACAUGUUAAAAAAUUAAAAAUCAGAAUAUAGA